AUGCUCCGUUCGUCUCGCACCGAGUUUCCAGAGUUUCCAGAGAUCAAGAGGCGUUUGUCCGAACAGAUGUUACUUGGUCCUUAUAACAAAAUAAUCAAGUAUACGUCGAUUCCAGUCAUGCCACCGCUUCUGACACCUUCGAUUGAUGAAAAAGUUUCUGAACUACUUGGACCGUUCCAUUUUUUGAUGAAAUUCACACUAUUGGACUGUUCCAUGAAAACGAAAAGAUGUUUGCCACGUCUUAUUGCGGUUCUAAUAAUUAUCCUUUUAUCAGCGAGAGUUGGAAUUUUGAUGAUUCUUUCCAAAGGAAAUGCUCUCUCAUUCGCUUGGGCAGAGUCAAACUUCUUCGGAUUCCCUGCAAUUUUUACUCAGUUUUGCGGUAUUUGUCUUUUCAAUUGGACUCGAACACGAUUCAUUGAACACUUUUCGGAAAAACUGGCACAAAUUCGAAUUCUUCGUUCGGAGCCAAAUCAGAACAUGGAUAAUUAUCAGAGGGUGCACGCUCUAGCUUUGAUUCUUUCAAUUCCUUGGUUUGGGGCAUCUACUUCUUGGAUCCUUUUCAAUUUCUUUCAGGGUAAAAUCUUUCACGGAGGAGAUGAUGCUGACAUAAUUCUCCGUGCACUACUCGUUGGAUCCAGUGUUUACAUUUGGUUUAUUUCUACAAUUUGCCUGGUUUACUAUUUUGUGAUUUUCGAUGCACUCAACAGAGAAGUCACAUAUUUCAAUGAAGAACUGGAGAAAGCAAAGAAGGAAAGGAUUCUGACGACUGCUGGAGUACUGGAAAAGUUCGAUAUCCGUCAAUACGAGAUAUUUAAUCUCAUUAUAUUCACAAAUCACGCUUUGUCGUUUUUCGGAAGCUUGGUCCCACUUUUUUUAUUUUAUGGAUUGGUGAACGGUGUCUACUUAACAACAUUUAUUGAAACAACUCCUCUUAUCUACUUUGGAAUUCUUGGAUUCAAUCUCGCGGCCAUUAUGUUUUACAACCUCACUAUGCUCUUCCCAACAUGUGCUCUCCAAGAACAUCUCACUACUACAAACAAGAUUCUGAUAAACAACGAUGAAAUUGGAAGAUGUCAAGAUCCAAUUGUCUACCAAACCUACCGAAUUAUGAUUGAUCGUGUUCAGAAGGUUGAUACAAAGAUUCAUGUUGUCGGUGCUUUUCCAAUAACUAAAGCAGUACUUGCUGCUGCAAUGUUUGUUGUUCCUAAUCUCGGGUUUUUACUUGUAAUUAUCAAAAAAGUUAUUGUAGCUAAUGGAGGAGUUGUAUGA